AAAGUAGAUCUAUAUUGCUAAGAUAAUUAAAACUUUAACAAUAUUUCUUGGAUCGUAUUAAAAAUUUUCUUAGAUAUUAUAAACUUGAAUUUUUAACAAUAAUAUUUUUUUUAAUUGUAAUAUCUAAAAUAUUGAAUAAAUUUUUUUUUGGUAUACUAUUAAUUAUUUUUCUUCUAUAAUUUACAUAUUACUGAGUACUACUUUAUAAUUUCAAAAUACAAUCUUAGUAUUAAAUUAGUCAUUCAAAAUGACCAGACAUGCCAGAAAUUGUACAGCUGGAGCUGUUUAUACUUACCAUGAAAAACAGAAAGAUGCUUCACAAUCAGGAUAUGGUACUCAAAAUGAACGUGUAGGAAAAGAUUCUAUUAAAAAUUAUGAUUGCUGUUCUUUAACAUUGCAGCCAUGUAGAAAUCCUAUUGUUUCACCCGAAGGUCAUUUAUUUGACAAAGAAGCAUUAUUGCAGUAUAUGAUAACAAAAAAAAAUGAGAUUAGCCGUAAGUUGAAAGAAUAUGAAAAACAAAAACAUAAAGAAGAAGAAGAGUUGGUGGAAUUAGGAAGAGCUGAACGUCAAUCAAAAGUUAAUGAUUUUCUUAAGGUUGAAAGUAUGGUAAAAAAAUCAAAUGAUAUUUUUAAAAUGAAAGCACAGAAAAAUCCUGAAAAAAAUUCAUCUUCUAUUUCUAAUAUGGCUAAUGGACUUGAUAAACAAUUGCCAAGUUUUUGGGUACCAUCUGAAACUCCAGAUGCAAAAAAAGCACCUAUUCAAAAGCCAGACAAAACGGUAUACUGUCCAAUGAGUGGGAAACCUUUGAAGUUGAAAAAUUUUGUAGAUGUUAAAUGGACAUUAGUUAAUGAUCCUAGCGAUAAAAAAUCAUUAGCAGUAAAAGAAAAUCGUUAUAUGUGUGCUGUGACACAUGAUGUAUUAAGCAAUGCAGUGCCUGCUGCAAUAAUACGUACAAGUGGUCAUGUAGUAACAAUGGAAUGUGUUGAAAAAUUGAUAAAAAAAGAUUGGAUGCAUCCUUUGACAGGAGAAAAAUUGACAGAAAAAGAUAUAAUUCCUUUACAAAGAGGUGGUACUGGAUAUGCAAUAACCAAUGAUAAUCUACAAGGAAAAUAUGCCAGGCCAGUUUUGCAAGCUUAAAUGUGUAUUUUUAACUGACAAUUGUAAAUAAUUUUAAUUAAAUAUAAAAGAAUUUUUAUUGAAUAAUGUUUGUUUUAAUUAAAUUUAUUUCAGUAAUUAUAAAAAAAAAGUUUCACUGUAUUGGUUUUUAAAUAUAUAUUGUGUUAACCAUU